AUGUUCUCUCCUUCGCUUGCUUCUCUCGCUCUCAUCUCCCUCGCCAACACGGCAUGGGGACAAGCCGCUGGCUGUGGCCAGAAACCGUCUUUCACACCCGGCGACUUUAAAAACUUCACUGCCCCGGGGGAUCGCGAGUAUCGCGUGUGGUUACCGGCAAACUACGACUCUAGCAAAGCGACGCCGCUUAUUCUUAGCUACCAUGGUGCCAACAGGGUUAUAUCACGCCAAGUUGAAUUAGAUAAGUUAACCGAUCCGUUCUUCAACAAGGACCAUAUCGUGGUAUACUUGCAAGGUCUAGAGGUUAGCCGACCUGGCCACACGGAAUGGGAGGGAGCUCCAGACUGUAAAUCCGACGACAUCGGGUUCACAAACAACGUUCUCGACGCUGUUAGCAAGGAGCUAUGUGUGGAUGAAAAGCGCAUAUAUGCGACAGGUAAAUCCCAAGGUGGAGGUUUCGUCGGUCGUCUUGCAUGUGACUCGGGUCUUUCGAAGAGAAUCGCGGCGUUCGCCCCGGUCUCGGGAGCUUAUUACAUCAAGGAAAUCGACAAUGAAGCGGACUGCCACCCGGAGACCGUCGAGGUGCCUUGCGACGCGGGUCGUUCUAAUAUCCCAAUCCUAGCUUUCCACGGCGGCGCCGAUACCACGAUUAGGUACAACGGAGACUUCCGGUCGGGAGCCUGCCUGCCGGCUGUCAGUUCCUGGGCGAAGCAAUGGGCAGCGAGAGAUAACUUGGACCAGACGCCGGAUAACACGACAAUUGCCAAGUCGGGAGAACGGUGUUAA